AUGGCCCUCAAUAACUUGAAACAUGCCCAUGUUGAAAUACCUUUUCCAACGUAUUCCUCUGCUUGUACCAGGGCGACCAGUCCCACGAAGAUCAACAUCAUCGUCUCAAAUAUCCCACUGAUAAACGCUCGGAUCAUGAAUCUAACGUUUCUUUCGCUUGGUGCAAUCAUGAAUCUCUUGAUCGUCCUAGUGAUCCUCUCGAAAUCAUCCAUGAGGACGUCGUGGCACCUGUACAUCGUCAGUAUGGCCUGUUCAAACAUGCUGAUCCUGAUGGAGCCUCUCGAAGAAGUACUCAAAUGGUUGUUCGAUGUAAAAAUGAAGCUAAAUAUGGAUUACGUCUGCUUGAUAAACUUCGACGUAUCGAUAAUAACAAUAGCCAUUUUGAAGUUCAUGCUCUAUAUAAACAUUUUUCACCGUCAAACACCUUUUGGGUAUGUACUUGUGAAACGGUACACCACCGUAAAGGCGAUCUUUUUAGUUUGGGUCUCGUGCACCAUGUCCAUUGCUAUUGGAUUGCAUAUAUACGAUUUCUUCGAGGGGGACAUGGCUGAUAUGUACGUUUGGAGCACGUUUAUGUUCUCCGUUCUACCGCUUAUUAUAUUCGUCGUUCUGGAUUCACUGAUCAUUUACGAGCUGAUGAUACUGAAGGCUAUCGAAGGAUCAUGGCGAUCGAAUCAGUUGAGACAUUAUUAUAUGUUGGUGAUCAUAGCGAUCGUUUUUUUCCUGAUUCGAGCACCAUAUCGAAUCGCAAGGGCGAUCAGUUUCAUUGAACCCAAAGCGUUAUGUUGCACAGACGGCAAAAGGGAAGUGCUCUAUUUCAUGGCCAAGACGUUCCCGAUUAUUUUUGCAAUCAUUUACAUCUCAUUGUCUACUGAAUUUCGGAAAUCUCUUCAGGAGAUUCUAAGAUGCCAGUGUCAACCUUCUAACGAAACGCAUGUUGAUAUAAUUGUUUAGCAAUACACUGACUGUAAUCGAUAAAUCAUUACGACUUGAUAAAAAUUGCAGCAGAAAUAAGAAUAUUCUCCUGAUGUGUAGGAGAAUCGAUAAAAGAUACACCGGCAAUUUCCAGUACAUUUGUAAAGCAGAGAAGAGAGGCUGGGUGUCACACUCGCAAAGUUGCGAAUUCAUUGCACUCUCUGUAUGCAAAUUCGGCCACGUC